GCAGGCAUUGGUGCGAGACAAUGUUCAGUUUCAGGUAAAGGCAGAGUCUGGCUUCAGGAUGGAGACUAGGCCGGCCGAAACCAAACGCUUUGUCGGGCAUAUUACGUAUUGUCAUUUGGGACCGCACCCGUCUUCUCAUGCAUGGAAGAAUUUGCCCUUUCGUCGCGAUGCUUUUGUCGCUGCGCCGCCGAGCUUUGACAGUGUCAUGGCCCACAGAGGAUGUCGCCGCAAAGUCACCUGGCGAUGCGACUGCAAGUGUCACGCUGUGUUGUAUUUUUUUCCUUUUUCCUUUGCGUUUAGUCAUUGAGCGGCCAUCGGGGAGUUUUCAAGGUCACGACAAUUCGUGGUCUGAAGCCUCGAGCUGGAACAGGCACCACAACGACUACGCUCGAUCACUUGUGUUCUACAAAAUUAGGUUCGGAGAGGACAUUCGGUCAAUACCUGGUACUAGACUACUAAUUUCGGUUUCUUUUACGGCGUUGGGCGGCUCUGGCGCAUCCGGGCUUGCUCAGCUGUUCGGCGAGAUCAUUCGGUCGAUACCUGGUAGACAACUAAUCUCGGUUUCUUCACGGUGUUUGGCGGCUCUGGCGCAGGUUGGGCUUUGCUCAGCUCGUAUGAUGCUGUUGGGUUGUCUUGAUGCACAAGUGUGACCUGGUCUCCCGUUCUUCGAGUGUCGAGUGCUUUGGUUUGCGUUUCGCUCCUUUCUCAAUGUUACAAACGUGAACCGAGUAAGACUUUGCUCGGAGAUUACGUCUUCGAACUGUGAAGCCACACUAUAUGGAGGUUCAAGUUAACCAUCCUCAUCCAUGGCUAGGCCUACUCGUAUCGUGUCAUCGCUUCCGGGAGCCAUCCAAGUUGCCGAA